UUUAUUUCAAUUUUGCUAUCGAAAAAAUAAAUACAAAAAAACAUUUGGCUAUCCUUUCAAAUAUUUCAAUUAAGGCAUUGAAAUGGUUAAAGAAUCCAGUAGGGACAGUUCUAAAAAAAAGCGAAAAACAGCUUCCAGUGCAGACUCUGAAAAUGAAGCCGAUAUAUACAAGAAAGCUGUAGAUUUCGAAGAGAAGGAAGCUCUAAGCCGACCGGCUGAUGAUGAUGCUGAACUAUACAUGGAAAUCAGCCAGGAUAUAAGACAACUUUUAAUUGAAAUAUUUCAUUUGAAAACGCAGAAAGUUCCUGAUGCAAAAGAACAAAUUACAAAGAAAUGCAGAGAAGCUUGUGUUAAAGUAGCCAUUCUAAAAAAAUUGAAUAGAAUGGAGAAGGUACGUCUUGUUAAAGCAAGGGAAAUGCUAUCAUCAGAGAAACAGAAAGUUGACUCUAUCAACUUACAGUACCAAAAUCUCUUGUAUGAGGCUAAUCAUUUGAUUUCUGAAUUCAACAAAUGUUUUCAAUUUAAAUCUAAAGAUGAGGAUAUUGAGCUUAUUAGCAUAGAUGAAUUCUUGAGAGAAGCACCUGAAUCAGUUACAAAAGCCUUUAAAAAUGUAGAUGAAAGUGAUGAUGUUAAAAAGCACGAAUUGAGAUUAGCCAGACUCGAAUAUGAAUUAGAGCAAAGGAAAAACUUAGCUAAACUGUGUAAAACUUUGGAGGAGGAGAAGAAAAAAAUUGGACUAGAUAUCAUUGAGCAUAAGAAAAAAUUGGACGGAUUGGCUCCAAAAUUGAACGCUGUCUUAGAGGUUACAAAACCAUUGCAGGAGUACCUUAAUAUACCAUUAGACAAACUGCGUGCUGAGCACAAACUUGCUUACCUUUUACCAGAGCCAUUAUAUCUUUUUUAUGUCAAUGUCGAUGGUUUCAGGGAAGUAUAUGAUCAAUCGAUCACACUUUCCAUUGUUGGUGACCAUGAAGAAGCUUCCCAGUGGAAAGUGCAACAGGCGUCAUCCAGACUACAGGAUGAAGAAGAUACUGAACCAGAAAUUGAACAGGAUUUAGAGGAAAUCGUCGAAGUGAAGAAGAGGAGGCAUAGAAAAUCAACCACCAAACCCCAAGAUCCAAAGGAAGAAAAAAAAAAGAAAGUACUACAAACCCAUCCCUUAUCUGUUGAAGCAACUGUGAAUAUUAAAGAAUCACUAUCGAUCAAAUUGAAACUCAACUAUUAUUAUAACCUCAAAAUAGUGACAGUCAAGUCUGAUGUCUCUCUGCCGAGUAAUAUAACAGGAAAUACAGCCAAAGAAGUGCUGAUGGGGGAAACAUUGUUGGGUGAAUUGGUUGAAGGGGAUACUGGACUAGAGAGUCCAAAUUCCACAACGUCCCAUCAGCUGAAAAAAUUCUCUCUCGGUCCAUAUGAAACAUUGAUACCGGACAUUGGUUUUGCCUACGGUUGGGCUCAAAAAGCUUGCGGCCUAGAUUUUCUCAGUCAACAGACCUCCAAGGAACAAAGUCAGAAGUUGAGCAUUCUAAAUGUAGAAUUUGUUAUGAAGACGUUACACAGCAAAUUGAAGUCGAGAUAUGCCCUAGCACUUCAGCUGCAAUUAUUAGAACAAAACCAGAUUCCUAGCAUACCUGAUAAUUUGGAAAUACCAAAAAAUAUGAUCGCCUCUCUGACUAAAUGGUCGUCAAAAAGUUAUCAGCAGUUUUGCCAUUCGCCGGGUACUGCAGCUCUUCUUGAAGAAGAGAUCGUCAAACCUAACGAUAUAUUCUAUUGUGCCACUAUCACUAGAAAUAAUGCUUCAAUGGAUUGUCUCAUUGUUAUAAAGAAUGAAUUUCCAGUGCAACCCCCAAUAUUGUCUUUAACGAUUAAUUAUAACGGUAAACAUCAUGCAGGAAAUAGUGAUGAUAUUAGAGAUAUGGAAAGAAGUUUGAAUACUAUUUGGUCAGUAACUUAUUCGGCAGCCGAGUGGAUAUUAGCUGCACAGAUAACCCUUGCCUGCUGUUACUUGGAUGUUUUUCUAGAAACACAGCAUUCAGAGGCUUUUCCGCAGAACAGUAUCUUCUUCAGAAGCGUAUGCGCAAGAAAUAGACGAAAACCGUUUCAUUACCGAAAAGUAGGUAGUGGUGUAUAUACGCAAUAUUAAAAUGUACUGGGGAAAAUUUGAGUAUACGCAUUUUUGUUUGAAAAGAAAGUGUAAUAAUUUAUAGUCUUAUAAUAAAAUAUACA